AUAGGGAGAAAGUGUAACGUCAGAGCCGAGACUAUUCUUUCUCUGUAAAAAAUGUCGGAGGUUCUCCCUCCAAGCGAAACUCGCGAAGAAAAAAAGCCUAUUGAAUCGCAGGCGAUCCAAGACCAGGCCAUGGACCAAAAUCCGAGUUCUUCUAAUCCUCAGGCACAGGAAUGGGAGAUCAGAGCUCGAACCUGGCUUUCUACCCUACCGAAGCGAAGGAACGUGAUGAUGAGCGAGAUAGAGGCUUGGAUUAGCUUAAACCAGGCUUCUCUACCAAAUGACCUCAAGUCGUUGCCUCGAUCACAGCUAUAUCAGCGGUUUCUCUCCAUUCACAAACCCGUUCGACGGUGUAAUCAGGCAGAAGAAAUUAAUCAGGUUGAAGCCCCACGAGCUCGCUUUCAACGCACUGAUCAAUGGCUGCCAGUAUAUUCAUGGUUAGAAACAUUGGACAAGAAUGAAGUAGUUAAAUCUAAAGAAAUUUCUGAAUGGCUAUCUGAGAACCCUAAGGUCAAAGAGCAGUUGUAUGCAAAACAUUCUCGUUAUAAUUUGAUGCAUUACGUUCAGAAGUGCCAUUUAAAGAUAUUGAGGAGGCGGGAGAAACAGAAGGGAGUUCCAUACUCUACUGCAAGAGCUCGUACUAAGGAUCACAAUAAUGGUGUAACAGCGGCAGCAGUACCGUGUAAUCCUUCAUCCAAUCAGUCAAAGGAUAAUGACCUAUAUUUAGCUAGACGAAAGGAGGCCUGUCGUAGAUAUGAACUUUUAAAGGAUUUGGAGAACCAUCUUUCCAGCUUCCUUGCAAAACAUAAACAAGUGAAUAACUGAAGGGGAUCGGGUUCACCAUCGCUGAUCUGCAUGAAUGCAAGUACUCUUGUACUCGGUUAUUAUGGCCUUAUGGGUGAUGAGUAAGCCUGGAAAUGCCAAAAUUUGCUGCGUCACUAUCACAAGGGCGUGGGAUUAUGCCACUUAGGGAACUGAAGCUUGCAUCUCUGUGGCUCCUACAUAUGAUGAAAGGGGGGAGAAAGAACAAGGAGAGUCGGAAGUUGAUAUUGUUAACCUAGCACAGCCCUACUCUGAAGCAUCUCCAGGAAUUUGUGAUACAUCUCCAAAGUCAUUAAAUCAGGCAUAAAAUGUUGAAGAUGGCAAUAUUAGAGUGCCUUGAAUGCUUAAGUUUUUGCAUGCCUGAGAUGAGAAACCAGAUUGGCUUUAUUUGAGACCCUUUUUUAGUUCUUACAAGAGGAUAAUUACUUUCUGUUGUUUAUACUUCAAUCAAUUAUUGAAACCCUCCGACAAAGGGGUAAAACCAUUUCCUAGCAAAUGGAUUGUAUUGCCUUGGUUUAGCGGUAGUGGACAGACCUAAACAUUACGCAUUUCUGUUU